AUGAUAGACGGAGUUGUUCAAAACUUGCGAGCCCAACUUGGUGGUCCAGUUGGUGAGAAUUUGCAACCCACUCAGAGCACGCAGGAUAGUGAACCUACUAUGACAAAGUCAUUUAUGCAAGAGUUUGAUUUCAUGUUGAUGUCCCGGAUGUCCUCUGGGGUUUGGGAUUUUCAUAACCUGAAGCCCUUGUUUGAAGGAGAACGAGUUUGGGAGUAUCAUGCAAGGGGUUUUCUACACAAAUUUGCAAUGGUUGCAAUGAAUUUGAAAAGAUCGAAUGGAAUCUUGAAACUAUGA